AUGUCUGCUUGGAAUGGUUCAACAAACAAUACAUUUUCAUCUUCUGUUUCGCCGAUUCGUUCUGAUGUUAGGUCGUCCGUGCAGCGCACAUUGAUAAAUCCAUCAUUUCAAAAUAAGAAACAACUAUCAAUAAAACAAAGUACUAAUAGAAUAGGUAGACGUGAAUCCCAGUUUAAAACUUACUCGUCUCUUUAUGACAACUUUUUCCAUAAAAGGAUGAAGUUUUACCACAGGUUAUCUGCACUCAUUGCAGCAAUUUUUACAUUAAUAUUAAGUGUCCCAUUUGGUGGAAGGCUGAUAUUUUAUCCAAUCAAGUUUCUUCUUAUUUGGUUUGGCUUCUUUCUUUUGCAGCAAGCACGUGUAUGUACAAUUCAAACAGAAUCUUCUAAAGCAGGAAACCAUAUUGAAAAGGUUGUCUCCAUUUUAAGCUCAAAAAAAUCCUAUAUUCUCAUUUGUGCAUUUAUGAUAAAUUCAUGUAUUGUCUCUUCGAUUAUUUUUUCACAAUCUGGUUCUUCUCUAAGUUGUUAUAUUGAGACACCGACCAAAACUAUCAAACCUUUUUUGAAUGAUAACUUCGCAUUUUUCUGUUUCUUCACUUUAAUCUCAUCAGUGGUUUACUCCUUCGACUUCUUAGUAUCAGAAAAGUUCACUCUACAUUUUCCGAUCGGUACAUUUAGACAGGAACCUAUUGAAUAUUUGAAAGCAUUGCCACAUCUUAGAAUAAUAAUUUUAUCACUGCUAAAAACAAUUGUGUUGUCUUUGAUAUCCCCCUUGGUGUACCAUAUUUUUUUUCGUAACUUAUUUUUCAAGUUUUUUUUGAAACCAUUGGUCAUCUUUUUAGAUUUGAACAAACAGCUUCCAAGAUCUGAUUUCAAUAUAUUCACAUUAUCUACAAUAUUAAUUUAUUUGUGGAUCUCUUUCUUGUCAUUAGAUAUUCUAAAUGAAUGUUUCAAUGCUUAUGCAAUGGUUGGCUGUUUGGUAGUUCAAAAACCGAUCAGUCAUUACAGUGAGACGCCGAUUCAAACUUUAAUCUCAGGGUUGAAAGAUACAAAAAAUCAAUUAGUACGGUUAACUGCAUACCAAGAAUUGACAUAUUUGUCAACAAGCAGUGAUUUUAAAGAUCGUGAAAGUUUUUAUCGUGCUGAUAACUGGUCUUUGAUCUUAGGAGAGUAUUAUUUUGUUUUGAUAAAUGCAGCAAAGUCAGCUAGAUUAGGCUUACCGAAAAUUGAAAAGAAUGAUGUCUUUAGAAAUGAAAAAUUAGAAAAACUAAAGAAACAAGCCAGCAUAUUUGGGAAUAUGAGUAAUUAUGAAAAUAAUUUGGACUUUGAUUUUGAGUUUGAGAUUAAAGAUGGAAAGUUCAAAAGGACUUCCGAGAAGAAUGAGGACAAUGGUGAUGUGACUGUUAUUAAACAGGGUAAUGAAGCGAUCUUUAAGAACCCAGAUGAAAGGGAAAAGAUCAAAUCUUUUGAAUCGCAAUAUGAUGUUCUACUUACUUCAAGUCAUGAUUAUUUAAACAAGCUUACAAAAAAGAUGGAAGUCGUUUUUAAAGAGUAUUUUAAGUAUGAUCCGACCAAGGAGAACAAAGAUUCCAACAGUAUCAAGUAUCAGCUUUAUAUUCUAUUCAAAGAUUUAUCCAAGUUUGCUAAUCAUUUAAUAUUUGGUACAAUUGAAGAGCAAGCUAACAAACGGGUUCCUAAUAAGGAACUAGUUGGAUUUGCAAUUAUAUCAUUGACUGAAAUGAUGAUUCGCUCUAAAACCGAAGAUAAAAACAACUCAGUCCAAGGCACUUUAGUAGAAUGCUUGACUUUACUAACCAAAGUUUACAAGGGAACCUCAGAAUUUAUCAAUAGUCCCCCUACUGAAAUUGAUGAAAACCAACCAAACUCAAUUAUGAUUGUGAACGAACUUUCACUCAGUUAUUUUUUCAAGUUGGUAAUCUAUUACAACAAUGUUCUGAACGAUUUAUUAUUACCUCCAGAAGUGUUCAGACUUGCUAAAUGGUGUACUGAUAUGGCGUUGGAACAACAGAAGGAGCAAAAGUUAAGGACAGAUAUUAUACAGUAA